GGCCUCAUAAGUUGAUCUGAGGCCUCAAGCACAGGGUAGUUUUUGAGUGAUUGAAUUGAAAUGCAAUCGCUCGUUAUUUGCAGAGCCAGAGGGGUAUUAUUGUGGUCGUUGAAUUUCAAUUUCAAUUUCAAUCACAAAUUCAUAUGUAGGCAUAGCAAUAGCGAGAGCAUUUCUAAGAAGACAGCACAGCAAAACUUGAAGAUGGAAAACAGACCACAAAAGCAACAGCAACAGAAAAGCAUUACUAAUGAUAGUAGCAUCACAUCAAAUACCAAUUUCAACAAAAUCCAACAAAUCAUACACUCUUCCGACUCUUCUUCCAGUGAUGGUUGGGAAAAAUGUUGGCAGCUGGGAUUGACCCCAUGGGAUCUGGGACAGCCAACACCGGUUAUGGUACAUCUUCACCAGGCUGGUGCCCUUCCCAAGGGCAGAGCUUUGGUCCCUGGAUGUGGCAGUGGUCAUGAUGUGGUUGCAAUUGCAUGCCCUGAGCGCUAUGUUGUUGGACUGGACAUAUCAGACGAAGCAAUUAAGAAAGCAAUAGAGUUGUCAUCGUCAUUACCAAAUGCAGAUUAUUUUACCUUCUUAAAGGAAGACUUCUUUACUUGGCGUCCAACUGAGUUGUUUGAUCUCAUUUUUGACUACACAUUCUUUUGUGCCAUUGAACCUGAUAUGAGAUCAGCUUGGGCAAGCCAAAUGCGAGAUCUUUUAAAGCCAGAUGGAGAGCUCAUAACACUAAUGUUUCCGGUCAGCGAUCAUGUUGGCGGGCCACCAUAUAAAGUAUCUGUUGCCGAUUAUGAAGAGUUUUUGAACCCCAUUGGGCUUAAAGCAGUAUCCAUUGUGGACAAUGAGUUGGCUAUUGCACCUCGCAAGGUAUCCAAACUUAAAAGUGAACAUGGAUUCUCACGAAAUCCUCUCUUUCACAUGGGUCGACCCCAUGUUUGUCGAUCCAACAAAAAUGGGCUUCUUAAUUUAAUCCGGGAAGAGAGAAGCUUGGAAGGUGGAAGAAGUUAAUCAGCCAAUCAUUGCUGUGAAUGUGAAAGAGAUGCUUCUAUUAGCUGUGAAUACUUGAUGUCUUUUGCAGUUUCUUCAUAUAAUUGGAUUAUUGUUGGAAGUAACAACACAACAAAUAAAAUAACAUGUGUUUGUGGAAUUGUUAUUGAAGUAAGCAGUUACACAUGCUUCACAAAUCUGGCAAAUUUCAGUUGCACAGUAUUUGCUUUAGCUGUUCUUUCUGUAUUUCUUCUUUUAUUUUAUUUAUUAUUUAUUUUCUAAAUAAGAUGUGGGGUCACAAGUUUUC